AAUAAUCCAUCCAAAGUCCUCAAACAUGAAAGGGUCUUUGUAUGUUGCUGAUUUCCAUAUGUUAUCCACUUCUCUUUCUAUGAGUAAAUCCAAUAACCCUUCCUCUCCUUGUCAAACCCGUGUCUCUCCUAGUAGUGUGAGAGGUUUGAGCUUCAAGGUCAACAUUUCUUGGCCGAUCCAUGCUUCUUGUAUUGUGCAGCGACAAAAGAAGAAGAAUAACAAUGGUUUUGUUGUGGUGGGGUGUGCAAAAUGGGAUUUGGAAGCUGACAUGAAACCACAAGAAGAUGAGGAAAAGGGUAGGAGUGGAAUGGCAACGUUUAGGCACAAGUGUGGAGAAAGAAAGGGGGUUGUGGAGCUGUUGGAGUGUUUGGAAAGAGAAGCUAUAAUGGGUGAAGAUGUGGGAAAAGAGCCUUCUGAUUACAACCGAAGGGCUCAGAUAUUUGAUAGAAGUUCUCAAGUUUUCCAAGCUCUCAAGCAACUCAACAAUGAUGUUUUCCCAGAGUCUUCACAAUAGAAGGCAGUGGCUUUGGUUUCAUUUUGACUCCAUACUUGGUAUUUUGAAAUAAACAAGUAGUGGGCAAUUGUAUCAGAGAAUUUGGAUCUUUUGAUGCAUUACCAAGUAGUAUUAUAGUACUCAGAAUCCUCUCUCUUGUACAUGUUGCGUCUUUAUUUGCUUGUUGAAUGUUGAGAAACCAACCUAUACAUCCAAAACAUUUUGUUGACUUCA